UCUGAGGAGAGGUUGCCUGUUGUCCUGCAUCCAGCCGCUCGCUCAGCUCUGCUUCCUGGAGGAGCUUUUGUUAGCUGAUAGUGACAUUUCCCAUGUCUCUGGCUGAGGGCGGUCACACACUCAUCAAUACAUGUGAGAGGUAAGAGACGCCAGCAGGGACGUGGCAGCAUCUGUACAUGUGGCUGACCAGCGGGGCUUUCUGCAGAUCGGCCCAUUCCAGCCAAGCCCCAGCAUGUUGUAGGCGGCUGCUACCGACAGGAAGACUGGAGCGGGGAAGUCAACAAAGAAGAGAAGAAAGUGAAGGAAGGGAUGGUGAAAGAAGUCAACAUGACCCCAGUGGACCAGCUGGACCAGCAGUGAGCCCGAUCCAGCUGGAAGAGCCCACACCAAUACACUCCUAUCUGCAGCUACAAGACAAAAAGGGGAAGAAGUGCAAAUGCACCGGUGCACUCGUCGGAGCUCACGCCUCUGCUCUUCUGUCCAGGCACUGUGAUCUGGAUAUGAAUGGGAAAGCGAAUACUGCUGCUGAGAAGAUCACUCACUCCAAAAGUGCCAGUAUGGUGUCAGACCUGUCCCCAGAAGCCCAGCCUUACACCCGGACGUCUCGCACUCCCAGAAAGGCGGCUACGUUUGGGAAGCGCUCCAACUCUAUGCGCAGGAAUCCCAAAGCGGUGGUCACCAAACAGGGAUGGCUGCACAAGCAGGCCAGCAGUGGAGUGAAGCAGUGGAACAAGAGGUGGUUCGUCCUCACAGACCGAUGUCUCUUCUACUACAAAGAUGAGAAGGAGGACACGGUGUUAGGGAGUUUGCCACUGCUCAGUUUCCGAGUCGGAGGAGUGGAGCCUUCGGAUAACAUCACCCGCAAGUUUGCCUUUAAGGUGUGGUUGGAGGAGGAGGAGGGGGUGGGUGAGGACGGGGAGUUAAAGGGUCCCGUUGUGUUUUGCAUGCAGGCGGAGCAUGCUGGGACCAGGACAUACUACUUCAGCACAGACAGCCAUGAGGAGCAGGAGGAGUGGAUUAGAGCCAUGAGCGAAGCUGCAGAGGUCACCGUCCCGCCGACACAGAGAACAAACUCGGACACCACAGCUGAUCUCAACCGCACCAUGGUGACCCGGGCACCCGACCCACAAACACAGCAGCAUCCGCACACACAAACACACAGUGAAGCUGACAGCGACCUGCCCAUCAACGGGGUCGACAGCCUCGAGACACCCCCACCCUCCACCCCCCGCUCCAAUCAGGAGGGAACAAGGACUGACGGAAGACGACGAGAAGGUGGAGGAGAAGGUGAAGAUGAAGGGGGAGGACCUAGUCCUGGCCACGCCCCCCACCCAAAUCACCAUCCAAAUGGGUGGGGCAGCUACGGUCCUCGCAACACCAUGCCCCACAACAGCAAUAGCAAACCCCCUCCGUCCAGGAGUCACAGUGCACAUCGCGCCCCUCAGGGACACCCAGAGGGGGGUGCCGGCCCCAGGGAGCAGCAGGAGAACGUGGUGCUGAGGAGGGGCUUUGUGCCCAGGACGGCUCCAGAGAGGGUGGCCCAGAGGAAGAGCUCCAUGGCCCAGCUGCAGCAGUGGGUCAACCAGCGGCGAGGCAUGGCCUCCCAGGAGGACAUCAACAGCCCAUCUCGUUACUACCCAGUGAGCCGCGGGGUCUCGGCUGACUACUGUGGCUACCCUGGUGGCCCCCAGUAUGUGGAGGAGUACCCUCUGUAUCCGCCAGGGGUCCGACCUGACAGCAUCUGCUCAGUCUCUGCUGUGGGGGGAUACGACCGACGCUGGACUGUCGAGGAGAAGCGCCACUCGCUGAGGGACGGGCCCCAUCACCUUUAUGGACCCCCAAUGCCGAGGGACCAAUGGGGGCCUCAGUACUAUGGCGGGAUGGAAACAUCCAUGAGGCGUCUGUCCAUUCAGCCACGCUCCAGGUCUGUGCCUAGGUCACCGUCCUCUGCAUCGGGGGGGCCAUACUCACCGGUCCCACCCAACUUUGCCUCGCCGGCUCGAUCGCCAUCUGCUCGCUUUGACCGGUUUCCAGGGAGGAUGAGGGACGACGUGAUCUAUGCUGAUCCAUCUGUCUACAGCCUGAGGAGAUCCCUCAGCUCACCAAAGUAUGACUACCCUGGCGAUAGGAGGUCCUUAAGCCAAGGAUUAUACCACUACAACUACCCUGUAUCCCCUUCCAUCCACAAUAAAAUGGAGGACAUAUUAGACCUUCAGCUCCAGCGCAACCUGGAUUACUUAGACCAACAGGUGCUCGAGGGAAGCUACCUAAUUGGCACGGUUACCCGAAUGGUGGAGCGCUCAUCCUCAACAGCAAAGCUCUGUGUGCAAGUGCCUCCUUUCCAUGAUGUCUACAGCAGAGACUUACAUCCCACACUGAAGCUCAAUGAGAUUGAAACCAGUAAACUCUUGGGUCGACUGUGUGAGCAGAAUGGAAUUUUGAAAGACCACGAGGCUGUUGUCCACAGACUGAGAAUGGACAAGGACAGCCUGGAGGAAGCGCUGGUGGCUACUCAUCAGGAGAUGGAGCUGUACCAUAACCAGCCUUUGGCGAUGGAAAAGCUGCGGUUCAAAAAGGAAACCCUACAGAACCAGCUCAUCAACAUCAGAGGGGAGCUCUCCCAGGCCUCCAGUGCUUUAACUACCACUCGUAUGGAGUUUGAAGCAUUAGAGGAUGAGGCCAGCGCCAUUCAUGGAGAUCUAUGGGAGCAGCUUAAUGCAGGAGGGCAGAGUGAACUGGUUCGUAAGCACAUCCAGAAAGAGUUUUGGAGAGUCCAGGAUGUAUUAGAGGGACUACACAAGAAUAACUCAUCCAGAGGCACUGACACAGCCAAGCACAGAGUGGCCAGCGGUGCAUCAGGCUCCUUUAGCACCAAUAGUCCAGCCAGUCCCCUGAGCUCAGUAAGCCUCACCAGUCCACUCAGCCCCUUCUCCCCAGUGCCCGGCUCCCAGGCCUCCCCCACCAAACAGCUGGGCCCGGAGGAAAGCGUGCCCCCAAGGCCUCCCCUCCCCAAGUCCUAUUACCCUUUGGAGCCCUCCCCUACCUUCCCUCCCUCCAUCCCCCCCCUGCCCUUUGACAGCACCGCCUGGCUACGCAGCUUGGGCAUCGAUGAUGGUUACCUUGAUGGUGAAGAUUCUCACAUCAGAAAGCCCAGGUUUGGAGAACAGAACAAUAUUAGCGACGUGCAGGACCAGGUCCAGGACAGACAAUCCACCAUGAAUAAAGUUGGCAUUGUUCCUCCUAGAACGAAGUCCCCCACUGACGAAUCACACAGCAGCUCUGCUGGAGUUUCCCGGCAUAAUGGCAGAGUGGCUAAUGGAAUCUCUAGGGAGCGCCCAAAGAGCGCUGUGUUUGCUGCAGAGGUGAAGUCGAAGAUGAGCGUGGAGGAGCAGAAUGAGCGAAUCCGCCGCAACCAGAGCAGCUCUGUGAGGGACAAGAGGCGGAGUUUAAACCUCUCAGGUGGCCAGUCUCCAGCCAACUACAAAGUGAUUCGUAGGCGACUAACAGCUCACGAAAUUGACAUCAAAGACUUGGAGGCAGCGGUUCGAGGCCAGGGGCAGGAGUCCCCACGGGAAGAAAUUGCUCGCCUGAGACGCUUACAGGUUGAACCAGAACACUACGACCUAGACAUCAGCAAAGAGCUGAUGGCUCCUGACAAGGUUCUGAUCCCAGAGCGCUACCUGGAUGUGGAGGAUAACGCUCCUCUGAGCCCAGAGGAACAGAAGGAGAAGCAGAAGAAAUUGGAACGGAUCAAGACCCUCAUUGCCAAAUCAAAUUUGCAGAACGUGGUUCCUCUCCUGGACGGCCCGGUGGAGGGUGGAGCUCCAGCCAGCUCACAGCAGCAGUUGCAGGAGCAGGAGAAGCGUAUUGAGAUCUCUUGUGCUCUGGCUGCUGAGGCUUCUCGUCGCAGCCGCCUUCUCUCCGCCCAGUGCGCCCCCAGUCCCCCCACCUCCCCGACCAACCUGGCCCCUCCCCCUUCCUCUGCUGACUUCCCCAACUCCGCCCACACCAUGAAGGUGUGAGUCAUACAAGCUCAAGCCCUGGCUGCUGUCAAGUUUGAUGGAGCAUCUUUCUGAGAAUUCACUGGACAAACUUAACAAUAAAGAUGGCCCCAGACAAAUGACUUUUAUGUUCUUUAGCACCUAAACUGAUACAACAAAAGCACGGAAAGUUAUCAAAGGAGGUUCCUAGGAGGCAAGAGCAAAAAGACACGUAAGAGUUGUAACCUCACCCCUCCCAAACUCCAAUUCAUCCAACUCACGACGGUCUCCCACUGCAUGUGCCCUGUGGCACAAAGGAAGGCUCCAGAUCUCUUACCAGCUUCACGUUGUGUAAUAUUUCUAUAUAAUUUAGCUCAGGACACAUUAUACAAAGAUUACUGAUGAACUAUGUUGAUGAUGAGAUGUUUUACACUCAUGAUUGGUCAGAUCUGACAUAAUGUCAGACCUGACCUGAGCUUUGAUGUUGAUCAGUUCACAAGGGAACACUGCAUAUGAGAGGCCCACACUGCAGAUGAACAAGGAAGAGCUGCAGAGAUAAUAAGAGAAAGAGUUUGGGAUGAACGUCAAUGAGUUCAACUUGUAGACAGGAGUCUCACUAAAACCAACAGAGAGGCAUUGAACAUUCUUCUGGACACUAAAAGCCAAAGGAGGAUGUUCAUUUUCAUCUAAUCUCCAUAUCAACCUUGAAAAACCACCAAUGACUUGUGGCCCAGUGAGGAGUGGGACUCAGUGACAGACUGAGGGUAUUUUCCCACAAUGACAUAUUCUUACACUUUGACAACUGACCGAAACAAGAGUGAAGCCUCUCAUCCUUUGUUAAAAGCUGAGCACUCUCCUUCUGAACUCACUGUGAUGUCUCUUUCACCCAGACCUCCAUCCCCUACAAUACUCCCACCCUAUCAACCUCGUCUGCUAUCAGUUACACUCAUAUGCAACCAUUAGCAUUACAUACAUUUGAUUAGGUCAAACGUAAUGUCACCUGGAUUAUGUUUCACUUCGAUGGAUCACCCAUAUUUCACACCAAACACUCAAGAGCGCAGAUUUUGUUGUGAUGCAGAGCCGAAGAUGAAGAGUGGAAACCAUGGCCCAUCUUACAAAGCUGCUAAAGACGACACCUUGUCCUACAUCAGAAUCAGAGUAUGGCAUACAUAAAACACAAUCAGUUUUCUAACCUGGUAUCCUUACCCUCUCCAAUAUUUGCUGUCAUGCUUGAGGUUUUUACUCAAGUUCUUGUAGGAUCGUAGAGUAAAGUCCCUGACAUACUCUGAACUGGAGAGUUCUGUACAUGCUACGCACAUGCAGGCAUGCUUGUAGGAGUCUGCAUGGUCAUAAAUUUUGGACUGUGCGGAUCGUCCCAGACAUGUACAGUUUAAGAAAUUUAUAUCACACAAACCUUAGCGGCUAGGCAGAAAGCAUAAUUUAGGUUGAACUAUUUUCUACAUUGAAAGAGACAUCUUCAUAGCCUCCGCCUGCUGUCAAUACUGCAAUGCCACUGGUCAGCAUAUUUGGGGGGCAAAAUUCUAUUUAGUUGAACUUUUGCCACAAAACCUGGAGGAAAAUCAAGGUAGUGUGCACAGCUAGGACCCGCUCAGCUGCUCUUUAUUGGAAAUAAUGACCUUCUUUGUGCUGUGUUGACUUUACUCUGGUGUGGAAGCCAGUCAGAUUGUAAAGCUGAAAUCCUUAACUUCUUUCAGUUGAAUUAUGGAAUUAUGGUUGAAUUAUGGAAGUAUAUGGUCAUUUUGGCUCAUCUGCAUGGUGGAGUAUAGUCAGACACUGUGGUUGGACCCGUUAUCUGUAUGCUUCAGUUCAGUCAAAAGUGUUCAAACCACAGCUGUCAGACAGGAAGUGACAUGCUUUCCCCUCAUGUUGUGGGCCAAGCAUUAAAAUAAAGAGCAUAACACCAGCAGUGGAAUAUAUACUUAGGUAUACCAUGUGUAUUUCAACUUUUACAAUAGCUGAUUCAAAGAAACAGCAGGCCGUGACACAAUCUUCUACCCCAGAUGUGAAGAAGCAUCUGUCUGAGGCAACAACAAAGCCUAAAAGGAGAGAUAGAAAUUGCUCAACUAUAAGGGUGAAUAUGAGUUCAGAAGCCUUUUCCUGGUAGAAUUAACAUUUUUCAAUUCAGUACUGUGCUCAUGGCUACACAAUGGUUAAAGUGUGGUUAGGUUUUGGCACAAAACAUUGGCAUUGACAGAUGCAUAUGAAUGUAAUUCAUAUGAGACAGAGUUGCAUCCUGAAGGGACUCGAUCGCCUCACCACCAACUACUUCGUGCUGCUCCUGCAUUUGGUCAAAUCCCUUUGCAUUUAGGAUCAAAUUCAAUGGACUUCAUCUAGUGUUCAAGAAAUCCCCCCAGUGAUUGUCCACACAUAUAAAGGUUAAGUAUGUUGGUGAAGUGUUUUAUAAAUGGUAUGUUGUAUGUGGAAAGUGAAAAUAGAAGUGACCUUAGAAGAGUAACUCUGCUAGAAAACACUUGUCUGUGUAAUGAGGAGUUAGCUAAUGAUGCAGUUAUUUGAGAGGAAUUAUAUACUGGAGAAUACUGUCAUGUAACAUAUCCCACCAACAUUUCAUCCAAUCAUGCAGUGCCAUAAGUCUGAAAGAAGUCUGUGUGUUUUCUAUGUUGUGAUGAAUGGACAUAUUAAUGACACAACUUAGAAAGGAGUUUGAAUCUGGAGGAUUCUGCACAUAGUUGCAAGUGGAACUCCAAAAUGGCCAAUAUUAAAUAAUACAUUUUGACAUUAAUGCAUUAUUUAACGAUGAAUGAACAAUUUCUCACUUUAAUGACUCAAGUAAAUAAUACAUUUAUUUCAUAAUUUAAUUUUGAAGAAACCAAAAUGUAUAAAUUAACAAAAUAUUAUGAAAUAAUUGAAAACAAUCAAUUUUAUCAGUGUCUGUCGCACAUAAAGGUCCAAAACACUUUCUAUCUUCAAAUGUUACACAUCCUUAGAAAAUCAUUGUGAUCUGUAUUUUAAAAAAAACCCACUAGAAAUUCAGAAUGUGUUCAAACUUGCUCCAAAAUAAUAUCUUGUUCUCACAGGAUAAAAAACACAAUCUUUUGGUAUCACUUGGCCGUGCCUCUUCAUUGCAACUUCCUCCAGAUAUGAACGCCGUGACCACAGACACACACACACCUCCCCGUUGUUAUGUGUAUGUUAUUUAUGCUUUUUUUAAUUUGCCCUUACACACUUCAAUGUUCAAGUGUCUUGUCUUUGUCUCAAGUGACUUGUCUUUGUAGAAAGCUAUUGUAUGUCCAUACUCAGAGAUUCAGAGACAAUAUGUUACAGAAAAUGGAAUUGUAUGCGGAAAGCAGUUAACAGCUCUCACUACGCAAAAACAAAACAAGAAUUUAAGAGAAUACUUCUAUAUUUUCUUCUUUUAAGUUUUUUUUAGAAAGGGAAUACAUUCAAAAGAGGCAGUACAUAUUUUUUUAGAUGCAUGGAUAUUCGAUGACAAGUUGACAGGAUCAAUUUUUACACUCAAUUACGUUUUGCAUUUUUCACAAAGAAGACUUUGUUUUUAUUUUAUUGCUCUUGAUGAUUGUUUGAAGGAGCAGAACAUAGAUAUUUUUGGAUUACUUGGAAUCUGAUGUGUUAAGAAAUGACAGCCAAAAGGUGGUGUCCAAUAUUUGAUACUAGAUGUAGCAUUUGUGGAUGAUGAAAAUAAAGAAUAUAUACAUUAUACACAUUUGUCAAUGUAUAUAAUAUUUUGGAUUUCAGUUACAGUAUAUCCUACUAUCACAUGUAACUAUUGCUACUUUGGGGUAAAUAGACAAAUUGCUUAAACUAUGCAAAUGAUAAAAAGAGACAAAUAAUAUGCUUGCUUUCAGAAAACCUUGCAAUAAAGUGAAUGUAUACAAAUAAUGUGUUUCUCUAGAUGCUUCUAAAUUCAUCACAGUAUUUUGUAUGAUAAAACAUGUCUCGCUGCCUGAAAUGAUGAUAUAUUUACUGCUGUUAUUUUAAUCCACUUGUUGAUGAUGAUGAAGUUCACUGCCAAAAAGACUACUGAGGUUAACUGUCCAGCCACGUCAUUACCAAUAAGCUCCCUGAUAAUAUUCUACAGUCUUUAUUAUAUUCUGUAUGUCUGAAUGAAUAAAGUGCAAAAACAAA